CGAUGGGGGCGCGCGCACGUCACGACACUCAAUCUCAUUGAGAUGUAACGGAGCAGGGCAGAGCAAGCAAUAUAAACUACAAGGAACAGGGUUCAAUUGACCCUGGUCUGCCUCCAGGUGUGGAGGCCCAUAAACCAGCGAGGAGGAAACAUGAUGAGCGGGAAGAGCCUGCUGCUGAAGGUGAUCCUGCUGGGGGACGGUGGAGUGGGCAAGUCCUCCCUAAUGAACCGCUAUGUCACAGACCGCUUUGACUCCCAGUCCUUUCACACCAUCGGCGUGGAGUUCCUCAACCGCGACCUGGAGGUGGAUGGGCGCCUGGUCACUCUUCAGAUCUGGGACACAGCAGGCCAGGAGCGCUUUAAGUCCCUGCGCACGCCUUUCUACCGAGGCGCAGACUGCUGCCUGCUCACAUUUGCUGUGAACGACCUGCAGAGCUUCCAGAACCUCGGCUGCUGGAAGAAGGAGUUCAUGUUCUACUCGGAUGUGAAAGACCCUGAGAGGUUCCCUUUUGUGGUGCUAGGCAAUAAGUUAGAUAUGGAGCAGAGGCAGGUGGGGGAGGACGAAGCACGGGCCUGGUGUGAAGAGAAUGGCUGCUGCCCUUACUUUGAGACCAGUGCUAAAGACGACACUAAUGUCACAGCUGCAUUUGAGGCAGCUGUCAGGGAGGUUCUGGCUGCUGAGGACCAGAUUGACCAUGCAUUACUGGGUAGUACUAUUGAUCUGCAUGGCAACCGCAAAACCUCUCGUGCGUCUUGCUGCUGAUUGGUCAGGUGCAGAUACACGAAAUCCACCUUGUGUAAAUCUCUCUGGCUGAAACUUGCCUGGGGGCAGUUUUGCGAGCCAGUCAGAUAUUGUUUAUGGUACACAUACUGUAGGUACAAGCUAAUGAGCACAGUAUUCCCUAAAGAUAAUGUGGAGAAGAUACAGCUGCUCUGCGGAGUGCAGUGUCAAGGAUUCAGCUCGUAUCUAGAUUGUUGAAUUGAACCUCUAACCAGGUUAAAGGCACACUGUAACAGACACACUGAUCCUUUGUACUCUGUCUGCUUUCAGUAGUGUUGCACAAAACAUGUUUACCCAGCUUCAGCUUUGUCUGUCUAUGCAGGACUUAGUUUAAUUGAAAUAAUUAAUAAUUUUAGUUAAUACAGUUGACAAGAGAAUAUACCAAUCCUCUCUUGAAGAGCACAUUCUACCAUUGGUACAGCAACAUACAGUCAACAGUCCGUCCAUGAGCUGAUGUUCCUGGGUUAUUAGAGGGACUUUGAGUACAACAUCACAUUUUCGUAUUAUUAGAUCUUGUUAUCAGCAGAAAAAUGGAGAACCAGUGUAUUUUCUGGACACUGAAAGUAUCUGUGAGCGACAGUGUUCCCAAAUCUGGCAGAUCUUGUGCUUGGGAACUCUCAACAUCAGCAUGAUGACCAAUAUAAUUUGAGGUACGAGGAAGUGAAAUGAUUGCUGCGCUCAACAGGAAGAUGGGUCUUGUUUUUGUUCAGUGGGAUGGGAAGUGUGAGCUUUAGUUUUGCAGCUCUGACUGUAAGCAUCGGGUACAAGCUGCUGUGGUGCUCUUAUUCAUUUGACUAUUAUAUCUAUUACCACUGCACUGCCGGAGGUGUCAGUUACACAAGUUGGGCAUUAUUAUUAAUCAUCAUAAUUAUUAUUAUUUGGAUCAUUUUUAUUUCCCGUGAUUUAUGUACAUGGGUCUGCUUAUGAAGUAAGGAUUAGUGUUUCCCAAAGUUCAAAAAUAAUACUGCUUUUGCUGCUGUUGUUGAUAAACUGGUGUUUAUUUUUCUGUGAAGCACAUUUUCUUCCUCUGACAUUUAUUUAUUUUUAUUUUUUUACAGACGGGUGAUAUUUACAUUAGGCUUCAGUGUUUGAUCAAGGGCUGAUUGUAGUAGGAGGUUUUAAUUAUUAUAAUUAACAAUCUUUUUUUUCUUAUAAUUAUGGCAUGUUUGUAAUCCUGUGUCUGCCUUGUUGAUGGCGUGGCAGGCCUCAACAUUCCAGUCCUUUUCGCUUUGCUUAUUCUGAAGGUCUCCUGCGCUUUAUCGAUAUAUUACAUGCGUCUUGUGCUGUCAGUCUGGUCAUUCGAGGUCUCAGUGCAAUGUGAAGCAGCCUGAGCACAAGGAUAAGGCCGUUACCACUAAUGUGUGUACAUCACCUCUCCUGUCCAUUCAUUCAGUAUUCUGACAAUUUACGAUGUUUACUUUUUUCAGCUGGACGGUACUGUACUUUUAUUUUCAACAUUUUUGCAUACGAGCUUACUCACGCUUGUUGUUUGUCUGUAUGGGUCAAGAAAAGGUCAGAUUAUAUAAUGCUUCAAACUGAGUUUAACUUCAGUAUUUUGAUUGCUGCUGGAAUAGUAUAUUAUAUGUAGGCUACUCAAACAACCAUACCUUUUGCAUAAAUAAGACAAAAUGUUUUCAUCUUCUAAAUGCACAAAGUCACUAUUAUUCUCCUUAUAGUCCAUGUUCUCAUACCCUUUUCCUGUUGGAGGUAGUGUGUAUUCUCUCAGCGUGAGAUCACAUUAUUUGCCUUUCGAGUCAAAGAUUGCAUCAUAUUUCAGUGUGCGUGCAGGCUAAUGGUGAACGUUCCAGGAGCUUCACUGUGAAAGUGAACCAAAUCCAAUCAGGUAGUCAUAUUUACUUAUUGCACAGUUAUUUGGUUUAAUGUUGGCUUAUUAUAAUGAUCUUGUUCAUAUGAUUACUGUUAAAGUUUUGAUAAGGUGUGUUGAAUACUGGUACUCACAGCUUAUGAGAGAAACUUUAUGAACUGUGAACUGAGUAGGGCAUUUUAACAAAAUCAAGCUGGUAGCCUACGUUAAUUGAAAGCAAAACUGGGGGCUUUUAGCUUAUUUUUCUUAUUCCUUCCUGUUCCUUUUCAGAUAAUCUAGCCUAUCACAGUGUUUACCUGAAAUCUAACUUACCUGAGAGUCAGUGGGUACUUUUAAACUGUUGUGCUCAUGUUGCUGUCUUAUAUCACUGCAUCGCAGUUUGUCAAUAUUUUUAAUGUUGCUGUAAUUUAUGAAUGUAAAAUCUAAUUUCUUUUGGCUGUCCAUAUUAAUGGCUUAUGUAAAGGGCAUUCAUUUUAUAACAACGUACAAAAUGACACUUAACGUCUGUUUCAGCCUCAGCACUCAACCCCUGAGUGUGAUUUAAGCUGGUUGAAAAAAUAGACUGCUCAUCUUGAUGAUGUGUUGAUCUAUUGAACAAUUCCCCUUACGCCUCUUUUUUGCACUACGGAGGAGAAGACUGGUUGUGCCAGCAUGCUGGCAAAGUGGCGCAUACUCGCCAUUGCUUGGCUUCAAAUAAAACAUGCAACAUACCAAAUGGAGA